GAAACCGAUCCUUCGAAAAGUGGCCAGGUAACGCAUUUGCAAUAACGCUUACCUGACUGGACCCUGAUCCCCUCAACUGAUAGGAAGCUCCUCCGCCAGCCGAUAAGCCACCCGCAUAUAAAGCCCCGCUCUCAUCUUACCAGUUACCACUCACUCAUCUCUAUCCUCCCACUAUCUACUACAGUCACCACUUCCUCCCCCUCCUCCAACAAAACCAAACCCCACCACCACCACAACCACCACCACCAUGCCAGGCCUCACCCCGGAGCAACUAACCUCCUUCAACCAAAACGGCUACCUCGUCCUCCCCAACUACCUCACCCCAACCGAAAUCACCGCCUGCCUAACCGAAACCCACCACCUCCUCGACACCUUCCCCCUCGACACCCACCCCCUCACCCAAUUCACCACCGGCGACGACCCCUCCACGACCAGCAAACACGUCGGCGACGACUACUUCCUCACCUCCGGCGACAAAGUACGUUUCUUCUUCGAACCCGACGCCUUCGCACCCUCCGAUCCCACCAACCCCCCCACCCUCACCAAACCCAAGCACCUAGCCGUCAACAAAAUCGGGCAUUCACUCCACAGCCUCUCCGCGCCAUUCCGCGCCAUCAGCCUCUCCCAGAAAAACGCAGACAUCGCGAGAUCCCUCGGCUUCAAAGACCCGCGCGUCCUGCAGAGUAUGGUCAUUUGCAAGCAGCCGGGGAUUGGGGGCGCGGUGCCGUCGCAUCGAGACAGCGAGUUUUUGUACACGAAUCCGCCGAGCGCGGUGGGGUGGUGGUUUGCGUUGCAGGAUGCGGGCAGUGGGAAUGCGUCGUUGGGGAUGUAUAAGGGGAGUCAGAGGGAGGGGAUUAAGAGGAGGUUUGUGAGGGUGGGGGGUGGAAAUGGGACUGGGUUUGAGGGGAAUGAGGGGGCGAGGGUGCCUGUUGGGGUGGAGGAGAGUGAGGAGGUGGGGGAGAAUCAGGGGAAGGAGGAGGAUUUGGAGAUCUUGGAUGUUAAGGCUGGUUCGUUGGUUUUGAUUCAUGGGAAUGUCUUGCAUAAGAGUGAGAGGAAUACCGGGGAUAGGAGUCGCUUUGCCUAUACGUUUCAUGUUAUUGAGGGGGCCGAGGGUUGGAAGUAUGAUGAGAGGAAUUGGUUGCAGCCUACUGGGGAGGGGUUUUCGAGGUUGUUUCAGUAGAGGCCUGUGUUUAGGGGUGUUGAGGUAGAAGAAUGAAUGUAUGAAUGUGUAUGUUGUCAUUGCUAUACUGUGCUUAGCCGCCAAACCCAAACUCCAUCCCAGGUAUCCAAAAUGUUG